UCCAUUGGGGUCGGCUUUGGCCUAACCCUGCUCUUCUCCAUUUCUCUCAUCCUCAUCUGGGAACUCGGCAGAGCUCUCAAUCUCUUCCAUGGAAGCUUCUUCAUUAACUUGUUCUCUAGAUUUUUAUCCUCCUUCAGCACCUCAAUCGCCGACGUUGCCUGUAUCUUCAUUGCCACAAUGGUUUCAGUUUCUGUUCAUGAACUGGGUCAUGCUCUCGCUGCUGCAAGGCUUGAUUGAAAGCAGUGAGUGCGUGCAAAUGGAGUAUGUUGCCGUGUUUGUUGCGUUUCUGUUUCCUGGUGCUCUGGUAGCUUUCGAUUCUGAGUCUCUGCAACCAUUGUCUUGUUUUGCUGCCCUUCGGAUUUAUUGUGCUGGAAUUUGGCACAAUGCAGUGUGCUGUGCAGUUUGUGGGCUGGCAUUACUUCUCCUGCCCUUCAUCUUGUUUCCAUUCUACAUACAUGGUGAAAGUCCCAUGGUUCUGGGUGUACCAUCUACGUCACCUUUGUCCAGUUACUUGUCUCCUGGCGAUGUAAUUGUGUCAGUUGAUGGUGUGCCCAUCCAUAAUGUCCAGGAAUGGAUGGAGAUGACAGCUCUGAUAAAUGAAUUGGCACUUAGAGGUAGAAACCAUUCCCUAGAUGUCCCAGGCUUUGGAAUCAAUAGAAUAAAGGGGUACUGUGUGCCUAAUUCUAUGAUGGAGGAAAGUAAGCAGAUUGUUAUAGGAGAUAACCAGUCUUCUUGUCCUGAUGAUCUUACUGCAUUUACACCUCUUCCCUGUGAUCAUACAAGCAUAUUAGAUCAUAAUCAUCCAAGCAGAAUUGAGAAAACCCACUGCUUGAAUGCAAAGAAUGUUGUCAAGCUUAAUAAAUGUGGUGAAGGAUGGGCGGCAAUAACCAAUGGCAGCAACUGCAUAUGUUCACAGGAGGAGUCCUGCUUAAGUCCAGUUCAAAUUCCGGGCUUAAUAUGGGUUGAGAUCACCUAUUCAAGGCCCUAUUCUCUGGAAUGCUUGCGAGUUAGAAGAAAAUCUUUUGUGGGUCCAAGAAUUUCUGAUUCCAUGGAGUCUAACUGUGGUGGGACUUUUGUCUUUGUUGGUGAUGUUGUCUCCAUGGCACGAUCAGUUAAGUUAACUGCAUAUCAACCUCGCUGGGCAUUUCCAUUGGGUACAUAUCUUCCAAAUGUACUAGAAAGGAUUUUGAUAUGCACAUUCCAAGUCUCUCUAACACUAGCUCUUCUCAACAGUUUGCCGGUGUACUUUCUGGAUGGAGUGCUGUGCCCAAGGAAGAGAAGGAAAGUUCUUCAAGUUUGCCUUUUAUGGGGGACACUCAUUUCCAUCCUCGCCUUGUUCAGGAUCAUGUUAUAUACUUUGUAAGCGAAAGUGACCUUUGCUCCUAGACAAAGCAGCCUCACUACGAAGCUCACUGUUUAGCAGGUAUUGUGCAUUAUUGUUGUACAACGUAAAACACUUUUUAUCCGACAUCACUCGCUCUUUAGAGUCAUUAGCUAGAAAGCAGUGGUAUUACAGCUGAGCUUCAGAAUAUGAGAAGCAGUGUUAUCGAAGCUGACCUUGCAGUAUGAAUUGGGAGGAGCGUCAAACCAUCAGCUGCCUCGGUAUUCCACUACCAGAAACUAUAGUUACAUAACCUAAGUUUAACCUUGUUGACAUAGAAAUCCAUAAAUUAUCUAGUGUAAAAGAUAGGGGUACUCAGAGAAUUUAACUUGUUUAACCUCCUUGUGGGUUCCUCCAUAGAAUGAGAAAUUCUUGUACUGUUUCCAUUUUAUCUGGGAACAACCCAGUUUAUAGCUUACGUUCAAUAUGCGUUCACAGAUUUUGUAAAACAAAGUAUUGAGCUUUUUUUUCUUUCUGGAACGUCUUCCUCCACAUUCUGGUUUCAAUUUCAAU